CGUCCUUCUUGCCAUCACCAUCAUCAGAAUGGGACAUAUGGCGUGGGCCCGUGCGUUCAGAAAAACCUGUCUAUAUGCGACAAAUUUUCACGGCGUUGACGUUGAGGCGAUCUAGGUCGUCAGACCUUCAGCUCAAGCAGAAACCAUGGAACAGACUGGGCCACUUUUUAUCGGAAAGCAAGCAGUCCUUUCUUGCUCAAGUACUCUCGGAAACGCCGACGCUAGCCAGGGACUGGCGAUUCGUGAUUGGCAAUGAAAUUUCAGACCUUGAUAGCAUUGCCUGUUCGAUCGUAUAUUCAUGGGUAUAUGCGUGGGAUUAUGGUAUCCCGUCGGUCGCGUUGAUACGGUCGACAAAAGGAGAACUAUCCCUACGACCAGAAAAUCUCUACGCCUUGCAACUUGCAGGCGUGUAUUCUCCAGAGGAUCAGCUCCUACUUUUGGACGACCUCGAGCAUGAGAUAUCAACUCCCGGCUCUUUUCCGGUUGACAGACUCAUUCUCGUUGAUCACAACCGUGUUGAUCCAAUGUUUGUUUCCGGAGUCAUCACCACGGAGCCAACUUCGGACGGCGAGCACCUGUAUGGGAACAGUGUUAUCGAGAGAGUCAUUGACCACCACUCUGACGAAGGCUUGUACACUCGGACCGCUGAACGUACCAUUGCUACAGCGGGAAGUUGUGCUUCACUCGUCACUUUUCUGUGUCCGGAAUGGAUGCCUCCCGAGCCCGCCACCCUUCUUCUGUGCGCUAUUCUUUUAGAUACCAACGGCCUAAAGGAUAACGUCGAGCAAGUUGACAUCGAUGCAGUGGUUUUUCUGCUUCCCCGUUCUAUCCUGCAGACCACGUGUGAACGGCCCUCGCCCGAUAUUAUCAAAAGUCUGCCUGAGGUACAGGCUCUUACCGCUGAGCUCAUGCGAAGGCGUCUCUCUUUAUCCCAUCUCACUCCCCUGGAUCUCCUUCGGCGAGACUACCAAGAAUACGGACUCAAUGUCAGGUGGUACAGCCCACCCGUCAUCAGAAUCGGGAUCUCUUGUGUUCCAUCCCAAGCGAAAAAAAGCGGCCUCAUGAGGGCCAGUCAAAAGCAUUUAGGCGAAUGUGGACUCGCUAUUAUUGCCAUUUUGAUCGGCCAAAAGCUAACGGUACUUAUUUUUGACCGGGACGGGCAAAGUCUGAAAGAUCGUGUGUGGCAAGGGUUGGAGAUGAAGUUUCAUUUCAAGCAACAGAGGAUGCUCAGAAUCAAACCGCUACCCGUCGGCAUGCAACAGAGGAUAUACACAUUGCCUGCUGCUGAAGCGACGCGGGAGUUUAUAGAAGGGAUGUUCAAGCACGUUUUAGAAGGUUAGUAGUAUGUCAAACUACGACACAAAAAUCUAUAGUUGGCGGGAAACUCAUGGAACAAGUGCUCGCUAUAUACUCAAAUGUGAAUCUUGAAUUGCUCCAAUAGCUAACAGAUGUCCGGUGCUCUCACAACUGCGGCUAGGAAUCGGGUUAACGGAAUCGGAUAAAAAAGAAAUGAUUAAGUGCUCACUGUUACAAGUUGCAUAACUAUCAUGCAUAUUUCAAGCGACAUUUUCUUUCACUUAUUGACAGGGCCUUACGUAUAUGAUAGUUGCAUCUUAGGCACUUGUCAGUCUCUCGAUUCAGUUCGGCAAUCUCUGUCGACAACUUCGAGGUAAACUGACUGGUUCAAGUCUACGUGGACAUGGGUUCGCCAUCCUUGAUUGAUCAGCAGAUAACAGUGUUUGCCUUUGAC